CGGCGACCGUAGGCCGCGCCCCGCCCCACCGCGGGCGUGCGCGCUGCGCGACCGCCUCCCGGGCGGGGCGGAGCGUCCCGAGGCGGCGUGGGGCGUCCCGGCGGUGCGAGUGGCCGGUAGCGGCGGCAGCUCCCGUUCGCAGCUCUCCCGCCUCGCCCCCGCUUGCCGCCCGGCGCCAUGUGCGAGCCCAGCAAGCAGGACAUUGCCGCCAUCUUCAAGCGCCUCCGCUCCGUCCCCACCAACAAGGUAUGUUUUGACUGUGGAGCGAAGAACCCUAGCUGGGCAAGCAUAACAUAUGGAGUUUUUCUCUGUAUUGAUUGUUCAGGGACCCAUCGAUCUCUUGGUGUUCAUUUGAGUUUUAUUCGAUCGACAGAACUGGAUUCCAAUUGGUCUUGGUUUCAGCUGAGAUGCAUGCAAGUUGGAGGAAAUGCAAAUGCUUCUGCUUUUUUCCAUCAACAUGGGUGCACAACAAAUGAUACCAAUGCAAAGUACAACAGUCGGGCCGCUCAGCUUUACAAGGAGAAGAUUAAAUCUCUUGCAACACAGGCAACAAGGAAGCACGGUACUGAUCUGUGGACAGAUGGAUGUGGAAUGCCACCUUCGUCACCUCAAACCAAAGAGGAAGACUUUUUUGCAUCCCAUGUUUCUCCCAAGGCAAAGAAUACAGAGUGGGUGUUAUCAGAGCCAGAGCCAAUUUCUCUACAGCAGAAAACUUCAGAAAAUAUGCCAGAAUGCUAUGAAGGACCAGAACAAGGACCAAGUGUUGAUUGCCUUAGUACAUCACCAAAAGCUGCAUUAGAGAACACCACCUUCAUAAAAAAGAAGCCAAAUCAAGCUAAGAAGGGGCUCGGUGCCAAAAAAGGUGGUUUGGGGGCACAAAAAGUGAGCAGCCAAAGCUUUAAUGAGAUUGAAAAACAAGCACAAGCUGUAGAUAAAAUGAAGGAACAAGAGGAUCUUCAUGGCAGUAAGAAAACUGAGAAAGAAGAACCACUCGUAUCAUCCUUACGGCUGGCCUACAGAGAUCUUGAUAUUAAAACAAAAGAAGAAAAGUUAAAUCUAUCUGGUAAGAAGAAAAGUGAAUUGGAGAGACUUGGCAUGGGUCUUGGCAGCAACAGAAGUGGUGUUUCUCACUCAGUCAUCUCAGACAUGCAAACAAUAGAGCAAGAAACACCUACAAUUGCAAAGCCAAAGAAGAAAUACACCGAUGAUGCAGAAGACUCAUAUUUCUCUUCUAGUUCAAGGUACUAUGAUUCUUCAGAUUUGAGGAGCAGCACUUUCUCUAAAUGGGAUGACAAUACAGAUUCUUUUUGGAAGAAAGAAAAUAACAGUAGAGAUGUUGAUGUAAUGUUAACUUCAAAAAGUACAGGAUUUUCAGACAGACCUACAUCUCGUCGUAAGCCUGAAUACGAACCGUCUUUAAACACAGAUGAGGCACAAAAAAAAUUUGGCAAUGUAAAAGCAAUAUCAUCAGACAUGUAUUUUGGAAGGCAAGAUCACGCUGAUUAUGAAGCAAGGGCCCGACUAGAAAGACUUUCUGGAAGCUCAUCUAUAAGUUCAGCUGACUUGUUUGAUGAUCAGAAAAAACAACCAACAGGAAGCUACAAUAUUACAAAUGUCUUGCCUUCAGCUCCUGAUAUAGCUCAGUUUAAACAAGGAGUGAAAUCAGUGGCUGGAAAACUUUCUGUGCUUGCUAAUGGGGUCAUGACAUCUAUACAGGAUCGAUAUGGUUCAUAACAUCAUUUGUAUCAACACAAUUAAGUAUGCUGGAGAAGGAUUUCUCUUCAGAUAUACAAAUAAUCACACUGCUGAUUCCAGUGAAGGUUGCCUUAAGACUGUUGAUGUUUUUACUUGUUCCAACAUAUUUGUUUCUUUGUACAGCUUUCUGGCUCAGCCUCUUCUUACUGCUAUUCCAUUUUUGCAGAGUAGAAAUCUUGUGCAACUUGUUACAUUGCAUAUGCUUUUUUUUUUUAAUUUUCCCUCCUUUAUGGUCUUGUAUUUCUUAGUGACCUUAUUGUUAGAUGUUGGAAGCUUUAUUUUAUUACUGGUUUUGGCUGUGAGGCAGGAAAGAAAGGUUGAACGCAUACAUGGAAAUGACGCUUCCUAAUAGAAACCCCAGUGCAGUUGGCUCCUAACUUGCCAGGCAUAACUUGUCUGUCUUAGGAGCUGUGGAGAAGAAAAUGUAAAUUAAGCGUAUGCUGAGGUGGUAUUUAGUGGGCUGUAGCAAAAUAAAGAAUUAAAGUUAAACCUGUGCUUAUGGGAAAAUAGAAGCUCUUGCAGGUAUGAACUGAUGUGCAUUAAAAUGGUGAGGAAUUAGUGUUUUAAAACAAUAUUCCUGAUAGAAAGUUGUGUGCUUAGAUGUGAGAUAUGGAGAAGACAAGAUGUGGUAUAUUGAAUAGUAGAUUUCAUCUUGUCAUGGAAACAAUCUAUUUAUUCCUAGUUUUGAAAGUUACAAAAAACUGCAAUAUAGAAUCCUUAAGUGCUUUUUAAAAAUCUGUAUUGUGUACAAAUUGAAAAAAAAAAUAAAGGGCCUAACAGAGUAGUUAAUUAAGUACUUGUUAAAAAUGUUUAGAACAAUCUUAGUUUUUUGAUAAAUUAUGAAAUAUUGAAUGAAGAAAUAGUGGGGCUGUGUUUUAGACAGUCUAGAAUUUACUGUUGAGGACAUCCUGUAUAAAAACACUCUCAACCAAGAAUGAGCUCAAGCUAAUUCUGUUCUGUAACUUUAUUUCUUAAUUCAGAUUUGUAAACUGCUGAUAUCUAAUAAAAACAAUUGAUAUAAACUCA